GUUAUCAGAUGCAGAGCUGCUGUUGCCUGGGCCGUGGGCAAGCCACUCUCUGUUGAGGAGGUAGAGGUUGCACCUCCAAAGGCAGGUGAAGUCCGUAUCAAGAUUGUGGCCACAGGCAUCUGCCGCACAGAUGACCAUGUUUUGGAAGGUAAAUUUCCUAAUGUGCAUUUCCCAGUCAUCCCAGGCCACGAAGGAGCUGGGAUCGUGGAAAGCGUUGGAGUAGGAGUGACCUCUGUGAAACCAGGAGACAAAGUCAUCCCCCUUUGCAUUCCACAGUGCGGGGAAUGCAGCUUCUGCCUGAAUCCCGAAUCCAACUACUGCCUGAAGUGCCACAUCUCUGAAUCACAAAACCUGCUGCCUGACAAGACCAGCCGGUUCACUUGCAAAGGGAAGCAGAUCCACCACUUCCUGUGGGCCAGCACCUUUGCAGAAUACACCGUGAUCCCGGAGUACGCCGUUGCCAAGAUAGAUGCUGCUGCACCUCUGGACAAAGUCUGCUUGCUUGGCUGUGGGUUUACCACAGGCUACGGGGCUGCCAUCAACUCCGCCAAGGUAAAGCCAGGCUCCACCUGCGCCGUCUUCGGCGUCGGAGGAGUCGGCCUCUCUGUUGUCAUGGGCUGCAAGGCGGCUGGAGCUGCCCGCAUCAUUGCCGUUGAUAUCAACAAGGACAAGUUUGCCAAGGCCAAGGAGCUGGGAGCCACCGACUGCAUCAGUCCUCGGGACUUCAAGAAGCCCAUCCAGGAGGUGCUCACUGAGAUGACCGGCCACGGUGUGGACUACUCCUUUGAGGUCAUCGGGCACGCGGAUACCACGGCUGCUGCCCUGGCUUCCUGCAACAUGAACACCGGCGUCUGCGUGAUAGUUGGGGUACUAGCUUCUGGUUCAGUGAUUUCCAUCGAUCCUGUGCUUCUGCUGUCUGGGCGUACAUUGAAGGGGACACUGCUUGGAGGUUGGAAGAUGAGAGAUUCUAUCCCAAAAUUAGUUUCCAGCUAUCUGGAGAAGAAAUUCAACUCAGACUUGCUGAUCACGCACACGCUGCCGAUCGCGAAAGUGAACGAGGGAUUUGAGUUGUUACACGCAGGAAAAAGUAUUCGCAGCGUCCUGCUCUUUUGA